AUGUGUUUAAAUGAGCUUUAUGGAAAAGAUGCGUUAGCUUAUAUUGAUGACUUGGUUUGUCCAAGUAAGACUCCAGAAGAGAAUUUACAAAAACUUAGAAGAAUUUUUAUUAAAUUUAGACAAAAUAACUUAAGUUUAAACCCCAAGAAAUGCAAAUUCCUUCAAAAAUCACUUCUGUUCCUUGGGCAUAAAGUCGGUUUUGAAGGCACCUCAUUAGAUGAAAGCCGAAAGAAAAAUAUUGCCGAUUUUCUUUCUCGUAUUCAAGAUUCGGGAAAACAUAUAAUUAUAGAAAAUAAUAAAAUUACUGAAGUAGGGAAAAAUGAAAUACACCCUCAAUUACUUGCUUUGACAAGAAGCGCUUCAAAGCAGCUAAGACUUUCAGAUGAUCAACUUUUUGAUAAUUUUUUAACUACUCAUGACGUUGUAAAUAAAACUUUCAAUAAUAUUAAAAUGGCAAAUGAUCCAAUUAACGAAGAUGAUGCUGACGACUGUGUCUACUUCAUUAAUCAGGAUCUUUUCAAUAGAAAUGAUUAA